AGGGAGUUCAUUCUAUUUAGUAAACAAACCUGAAAUCUGAGUUGAUACAUUUCGCAAUAUUCCAUUACCUGCUAAUAUUUUUUUCCACUACAACAUUCGAGAAUACCUAGAACAUAGCACAUCAAGAACAGGAACCUCACAGCCAUCUCUGUGGUCAAUGAAUAUAUUUCCACCAUGGACAGAAACUGUGACCUGCUUGUCAGGUAUUCUCCAGUCUUCUAAGGAAUUAAAGUGACAUUCAAGAUGUCUGUGAAGUACACACGCAUCCCAAUGACGGACUGGUCAGAUCCAGAGGCUGGUGGGUCAGCUUUCAACUAUGGGUCAGCUUUUACCUACGACCAAAACCCGUCGGCCAAAUACAAGUCUGCGUUUACAUACUCCAAGGGCAGUCUGGAGAUGGCCAGUAUCACUGACUUUGAAACAGAAGAGAGCUUCAUUUCAAGACUCCUCCACAGGGUUGUCGUGGUGUUCAGCUUCAUCCUCUGGCUGCUCACCUUCCCCAUCAGUGUCUGGUUCAGUUUUAAGUCGGUGCCAAACUACGAGAGAAUGGUUCUGUUUAGACUUGGACAUCUGAAGGGAGUGAAGGGCCCUGGGGUUGUGUUUGUACUGCCAGUGAUUGACAGAUGGCAUAAAGUGGAUAUCCGCAUCAAAGCCUUCAAUGUCCCUCCGAAACAGGUUUUGACCGCAGAUGGCGCUGUGAUCGAGCUUGGCGCUGAUGUUUUCUUUCGUAUAGCCGAUGUAGAAAAGUCUAUCACCCAUGUCCAGAACCUUGACCGGUCCACCCGCAUCCUGAUGCAGACUGCCCUGCUCAAUCUCCUCGUCCAGAGGAAACUGUCGGACAUCGAGAUGCAGAGGAUGGAGAUCUCCAGCAUUGUACAGGUGGAGAGCAACAAGCAGUCCAUGGACUGGGGAGUGGAGAUUUGUCGCAUAGAGCUGUCUCAGGUGAAGGUCCUGCGUGGCCCUCCCUCCAAGCCUCCCCCUCAGGUCUGCAUGCCUCCUGGGAUGUUUGGUGGGCUGGGUGGGUCAGGUGGGUCAGGAAGAGGGGGUGGGGAACAAGACCACCCGGCUUUACCUCAGGCGUUACAACAUCUAGCAUCAGCAUUCCUAGCCGCUCAGGGUCACAACCAGCCAGUACCAGUCGAGCAGCCCUCGCCACGUCCAGAUCUACUGAAAGCUGCUGCUUUACGUGCAGAACAGGAAGAAGUGGAGGGAGCCAGUGAAGUUCCGACCUUGACCCCUGAGGAAAUACUGAAGGCUGCCCAGUCUGUGAUCACAGAGUCCCUGGUCCAGAGGGUGGCCGCAGUGUAUCAAUUCCAGCUGACCGGGGAGGGAGGGGGUAUCUACUACCUCGAUCUCCGAAAUGGGCGUGGCAGUGCUGGAAGUGGUGCCUGCCCAAUUGGGGACAGCGAUGCCUCUUUGAUGAUGACAGUUGGUGACUUGCAGGCCAUGUUUGCAGGACGCAUGAAGCCAUUCCAGGCCUACAUGAAUGGCCGACUCCGCGUCGCAGGCGACCUUUCAGCUGCAAUGAAACUGGAAGAAGUUGUGAAGAAAAUAGUUGGGGAAUGAAUCGAGGGAUGAUGAUGCUACUGAAAAAUGUCAACAGCCCAGUUAGAAAGUGUUUUACAAAACUGAACUAACCAACUGUUUGCGAAUGAUAAUAAGAUGACAGUCAGCGAAGAAAGAUCAACUCAUCAUUAUGGCAGACUUGCAUUGUAGCAUAAACAUACUACACAGUGCUGCUGAGUUGUGAAUAGUUGUGAAUAGUUGUGAGGUGUUGAGGAAUAGUUUGAAUGAGAGGAGGCAAGGAUGAGUGCUGAAUAUUCAAAAAAUCCUGCAAGACAAUCGGACUGGCAUCCCGCAAAAUUUCCUUGCCCAGUCAGAAAGUUGCCUGACCAGAUUUUGUUAAUUUAACUAAUGAACUCUUUGACAGUGAAACUUAAAUCUUUGUCAGAUAACAAAGUUCAACACACUAUUAUGGCAGCCUUGUAUUGUUGUAUUAUUCCUACUACCCACUGCAGCAGUGUUGGGAGUACAUGCCAUGUGGCACUGUAGGGAGUACACGCUAAAACUAUUUCUAAACAUUUCAUUGGCUGGAAGAAGAUUUUGUGCAGUUGCAAGUGUUGCUAAGCUGUAUUCCUAGAUCAUUGUGUCAGUUAAUGUGAGUUUUCAUUAGACUUUUAUUCAUAUACUUUCACAUAUUCAGUUUAGAAAUUCAACAAAACCAUCCAGACUGCAUUUUCUGAAUGCACAAGAUGAAGUCUAGUCAUCCCAGACAGCAGAUCAGGCAGGCUGGCAUUUCAACUGAAGGGAUUUAUGACUUGGAUGAUGACAGAAUGUCAUUCCCCAACAGACUGGAUCGAUGCUCAGAAUAUCAAUCACUUGAUCGUCUGGCUCAGACAUCAUUAUUACAUUCUGUGGUCCUAGAGGUUGAAUAUGUCUGAGUGUGGUGUUUAACAACAAACACACAGAAAAUACACUCACACUGCCACUUGUCCUGACCGAUGCCAGAAUACCAGAAUAUUGUUAGUUCAAAUCCCAGUUGUCCCUAACUAUGUUCCUUGGUUUGGCAGUUCCAUACCAGUGCUCGUUCCUUUUACCAAAGUGAAAAUCAUGCAAGGCCUGCAUCACAUCAGCUGUCCUUCCACAUUUAGUUCAUAUGUGGUGAUAUGACAGGGAUAGUUCAAAGGGGCAUCAAACCCAAGUUACUCACUCACUCCUCUGAUGACAAGCUGUUAAUUCCAAGGCCAAACGUACAAGAAUGUUGUCUACCAGUAUAUUAUCAUGAUUAUAAUGUAUAUUAAUGUGUGUGACUUAGUGUGGGAGUUGUGUGACCAUUUCAUUAACGGCAUUUAACAUUUACAUGAGCUUACAUGAUUCUUGUUCCCCUUUUCAAAAAAGGAUUGGAAACAAGUGUUGUAACUUGUAUGUAAUAAAACAGCAGUCAGUUUUUGGCGAAGUAGAAGGGAACUACGUUAAGACUUUGAGUCUACUGAGGUUUAGCUCAACUGCAAAAGGAACAUGCGGGACCAAGCUUAUACUUCAACACAGCCAUAGGUUUGAAACAUAAAGUUUGACUCAAGGGUGUUUGACUGUAUUUCAUUAUGUUUUAGAGGCAAGAAUGUUUUUUUCGUUUUUAUUGUUCAUAUUUUCUGGGCCAUUAUUCUGAGAUGCAUAAUUUAAAAAAAUAGAAUUUAUAAGUUAUGAACUUUAUUUCCCUUAAAACCUAUGAAAGAAAUGUUACAAACAAUUGCAGUAUCAAUGCAGUAUAAAUGGUUAGUAAAACGCAUCAUUUUAGUAUACGUUUUAAUUUUUCACCAAAUGCAGUUGACUUGUGUGAUAAAAAAUUAUAUGUCUGUGUGGGUUUAUUAAUGUUAAACUGUCAUCGGUUCCCAAUUGCGCAGGUCAAUGCUCAUGCUGUUGAUCACUGGAUUGUAUGGUCCAGACUCGAUUAUUUACAGACCGCCCCCAUAUAGCUGGAAUAUUGCUGUGUGUGGCGUAAAACUAAAGUCACUCACUAUUAAUGUUAAAAUCUUUGAUAUUCGUUUUCAAUUACAAAAACAGUUAUGGUUUCCUUGUCUGUAAGUUAAGUGUAGAACGUCAGUACAAAAAAUACCCAGUUUUGACAAUCCUCAGAAAGGAAUUCAGUAUUGUGUAAAGUGAGAAUGGGUGUGGAAAUUAUAUGAAUUGACCGUUAAAACUCAGUGCUGACAUCAGGUGACACCCACCAUUUAUAAAAUGUUCCUACAAUGGCAGUAUGUUUUGUCUGACGCUGCACAGCAGUAGAAUUGUUCAGUUAUAUGUUAUAUUCUUCAGUUUUGUAUCCGUCUUGGAAUCAGUCUGCGAGUGUUGCAUGGGAAUCAAAUCUCGUGAGAGUGAAAUGAAUUCUUCAAAUCUUUACUUCUACCAGGGAGAAUAGAAGACGAUCUUCUCUGCUUCUGCUGUAGAUCAUCCCUGCUUCUACAAUUCGUAGCACCAUAAUUAUGUCACAUGAACAAUGUCUUUCAAACCACACAAGUAUGUGUUUGUUCAAGCUGUACAGUCUGUGUUUUAUGCAUUUAUGGUAAAUUAUCAGUUGUAAAUUAUUUGCUGUGUUCAAUAUAGAAUGGAAGAGUCGUUCUUCAUUCGUGUCACACUCGUGUAUUUCCGGGACAAGCCGAAUAGCUGUUACGGAAAGGGGCGAGUGGUGACGACUGGUUCUUGUUAGAUGCUAAUUUUACAAAGGCAACACGCGAGUUUAGUAAAACUUGUAUCUAACAAUAAUUGUUUGCUCACAUGUUUUAACUAUGUCACAGUUCAUAUUUGUGGAACGUUUGACGUUUUGAAUUCACGAACCAAAAAAGUGGUAGCGUAGUUAUUUACAUAUCGAACAGCCUGUGCACUACUUUGCGCAUUCCAGCGUAUGCGCAGUAGCAGGAAGUUCUUUAACUUUUGUAGAUAAUAAAGGACUGUAGAAUCA